UGAUGCCAAAGAGAACAAAAUACUGCUUCGAGCGCAUGUGGGCGAAUUUUGGCGGCAAUAUUGUUUAUGCGGUGACAAAGUGUGAACACGACAGGGUGAGAUAUGUCACAGAAGAAUACGUUGUUUUCUUAUUUCGGGCAGCCAAGUAAACGGAAAUCUACAGGGCAAAACCCGUGUAGUGCCGAACACAAAGUAAAUGGAGCAGAUGGGAAGCGGAGUAGAGACUCUGCGUGCUCACCGUCUGAGAAGAAAGAAUGUCUGAAGAAUGGUACGUCAGACCCUCCACCAGAGAAGAAAUUGUGUCUGGACAAUGGAUCUCCAGCAGGCGUUCGGAAUCUCAGUUCUCCAAGAACACCUGCUGGCAGAGUGCGUUCUGCGAAGGAAAGCCCACCCGGUUCUUCGGGGUCGAAAAAGAAGUUCAAGAGAAUCAUGAAUGGUGGUGACAGUUCUGAUGACUCGGAUGUGGAGCAGGACAGUGUAAACUCUUCAGAAAAUUCUUACAAGAAGAACAGUGCUAGUGAAAUAAAGCUGGCAGUGGACUCAGCCCUCGAUGGAUAUAAGAGGAAUGGUAACAGCGAUCUAAGAGAAGCUACGUCUGAUAGUGGAAAAGAAGCGAAAGAGGAAAAUAUUCCACUUGGACAAGCAAGCAAGCAGUCAGCAGUUGGAGAAGACAAGGGUGAAACAGAAACUGCUGAUGAAUGGACACAUUUGAAACUAGAGUUUUUGAAGCCAGAGAACAUCCGUGAUGCAGACAAAAGAAAGCCUACUGACCCAAACUAUAAUGCUAAAACACUGUUUGUUCCAGAAUCUUUCAAGAAAACAUUGACACCUGCAAUGCGUCAAUGGUGGGAAAUAAAAUCGAAUAAUUUUGACAGUGUCAUAUUUUUCAAAGUCGGCAAAUUUUAUGAACUAUACCACAUGGAUGCAGUAAUAGGAUUUCAGGAACUCGGGUUGGCGUAUAUGAAGGGAGAUCAUGCUCAUUCUGGAUUUCCAGAAAUGGCAUUUGGAAAAUUUUCUGCUGAUCUGAUUCACAAAGGAUAUAAAGUUGCUCGUGUAGAACAGACAGAAACACCUGAAAUGAUGGAGCAGAGAUGUAGCAGUAGUGCAAAAAAGACAACAAAGUAUGACAAAGUAGUAAGGAGAGAAGUCUGCCAGUUAAUCACCAAAGGAACAAUAACAUUUGGGCCUAUAGAUGUGGACAUAGGAGACAAUGAAAACCACUAUUUACUCUCACUGACAGAAAUGGUGGGUUCCUGUGUUCCAGUAUUUGGGGUGUGUUUCAUUGACACAUCUAUAGGUACAUUUAAUUUUGGGCAGUUUUCCGAUGAUCGGCAUAGGUCUAGACUACGGACUCUGCUAGCACAUCAUCCGCCUGUUCAGGUCCUUCUGGAGAAGGAUAGUGUUUCACAAGAGGCUCAAAAAAUUAUAGGUUCUAUAAAGUCUGUAGUGAGGAAAGAUGUAUUGCUACCAAGGACAGAAUUUUGGACCGCUGAAGAGACACUUGUGUUUUUGAGAGAGGGGCAGUACUUUACAGCUGAUGAUGUAGAAAGUGAUGAUAAUCAAAAUAAGUAUUUCCCAAAGGCAUUCUGGCAGUAUCUGAACAGUGCUGAUCCCAUGGGUCUGUCAGCAAACUCGGAAGGCGAACUUGCGAUUAAGGCCUUGGGCGCGUGCAUUUGGUACCUGAAAGAAUGUGUGGUGCUGGACAGAAUAUUAUCACUGAAGCAGUUCUCUUCAUACUUACCUGUGGAUGCAGUGCCUCCUGUGGCACAGGUUUCUGAUGAAGAAGGAACUGUAAAGUUACCAGAAAAUAUGAUUUUGGAUGGAGCUGCCUUAAAAAACUUAAACAUACUUGGUGAUAAUGAGUCACUGUAUAAGAAGCUUGAUUAUUGUGUUACGCCUUUUGGGAAAAGGUUAUUGCGUCUCCAAGUGUGUAAUCCACUAUGUAAUCGUGCAAAGAUUAUUGCAAAACAGAAGGCAGUUGGUAUUUUAGUGAGAAAUGGAGAAUUAGCAAAGGAAGUUAGAGCGAUUAUGCGCCCAUUGCCAGAUCUGGAAAGGCGCCUCACAAAGAUACAUACUUUUGGAAAUUCAGAUCUUCAUAAUGCACAUCCUGAUGAAAGAGCUAUUUUUUAUGAGGACAAGAUCUACUCUAAGAGAAAAAUCAUAGAUUUCAUUUCAACCCUGAACGCAUUUAAGACUGCAGUUUGCGUUGGGGAAAUGUUUAGAGAUUGUAAGGCCUGCGAGGAGUCACUGCUGCUGAAGAGGUACACAUUUACAGCAUCCAAGUACAGUGGAGGAAUCUUUCCUGACAUGAGUGAAGAUCUUAAAUUUUUUGAGGGAGCAUUUGAUCAUGAGAAAGCAAGGACUGAAGGUGUAAUAAUACCAGAACAAGGGGUCGAUGAACAGUAUGACAAAUACAUUUCAGCCAAGCUUGAGCUGGAAAGGGAAACAAAAAGCUACCUGGAGGAACAGAAGAGAUUCUUCAGAGAGAAGGUGACUUACGUUGGAAGUGGCAAAAAGGCUUACCAGUUGGAGGUUCCAGAGCAUGCCUGUAAGAGAGCAACUGAUGAAUAUCAGCUAGUAUCCCAAAGGAAAGGCUAUAAAAGAUAUGUUACUGAAGACACACAGAGCUUCCUUGCAAAGGCAUCAAACUUAGAGGAUCUGAGAAAGGAAGCAAUUAAUGGAAUAAACAAGAAAAUAUUCCAGAAAUUCAGUUCGAAGACCAACAUGUGGAUGACUGCUGUGAAAUGUCUUGCUGAGCUAGAUGUUCUUCUAUCAUUAGCUGAAUAUACUCGAAAUAUUGAAGAGGAAACGUGUAUUCCAAGAAUUAUGAAUGUAACUGUUGAGACAAAGCCCUAUGUGCGACUUCUGGAAGGCCGACAUCCAUGUAUCUCAUGGGUAGAGAAAUUUGUGCCAAAUGAUGUGACGAUAGGCUGCGACGAUGUGGCCAGUCUAAUUGUUUUGACAGGACCAAACAUGGGUGGAAAGUCGACAUUAAUGAGGCAAUUGGCCCUCCUUGUCAUAAUGGCCCAGAUGGGCUGCCACGUUCCAGCUGCCUCGUUUGAGCUUACAUUGGUUGACAGAAUUUUCACAAGGAUAGGUGCGAGAGAUGAUGCAAUGGCCGGAGAGAGCACAUUUUACAUUGAGCUGAGCGAAACUGCGACUAUCUGUGCACAUGCUACAGAGCAUUCACUGGUACUCGUCGACGAACUGGGUCGAGGUACAUCUACUUAUGAUGGGUGUGCAGUGGCAUGUGCUGUCAUAAAUAGACUGAGGAAAAUGAAAUGCCGAACAAUUUUCUCAACACAUUAUCAUCUUUUGGUUGACAGUUUCAAGGAUAUGUCUGAUAUUUAUUUCGCACACAUGGCUUGUGCUGUUGAAAAUGAAGGUGCAGAUGAUCCUACAGAGGAGAUGGUGACCUUCUUGUACAAGUUUGUGAAAGGUGUGUGUCCAAAGUCAUACGGUUUUAAUGCAGCAAAAUUGGGAGGAAUUUCUACUGACAUCAUUAGAGUUGCAUUCAAAAAGGCAGAGGAAUUAGGAUGCAGGGCUGAGAAGAGAAAAUUAUGUAAGAAGGUAUUUUCAAGUACACUAGAUGUGAAAAAUUGUAUCAGCCUCCUGCAGACUCUUGCUCAUUAAAGACAGAUGAUGUAAUGUGUAAUGAGCAUCUUGUAUUUGAGUUUAUUUCCUCUCCUUGUUUUCUGAUUGUUGACAAGGUAACUGGAGAGUUUAAUGUUAAUAUCAGUGUGGCCCACACUGCUGGUUUCAUUUGCAUUUGCAGUUUGGAGUAUAAGGUCACUAAAAUAUUCCUGUGAGAGGUGUAAGCUCCUGGACUGCCUUUCUCAUUUCUUUCUUUGUGAACUGGUGUUACUGUGUAGAGUACAAACUGAGCUGCCACUGGUAGUACUCUUUCCAAAGAUUGGAAAUUUGUUAUCUAUCAACAUUCCACAAAAAGAAAUGAAACACUCUAAAACUUGGAAAUUGAUAGAUUUAACAACAGACAUUAUUUUCCAAGUUCUGUUUUAUAAGACUCCUCAAAAUAUAUACUGGCAAAGUUAUUUGGUGUUCGGGAACAGCUUGGAAGAUGGUAUUGAAACCCAUGAUCGACAAACUGUCACGUUGUUUCAAAGUAAAUAACAACCAAUUAAUGAAUUCCACUUUGUUAAAUGUUUAUUCUCAUAGAUGCUGUUACAAUACGAAGUCAUGUUUGUUUAUUUUGCUUUGCUACAAUAGGAUGUUCGGGUUCCAUAAUAUUCUAUCAUUUUUUUAUGACUCGUAGAUCAAUUUGAUUUCAUCCUCACUACCAAUACAACUGAGACUGAUAAAGCACUAUACAUCACAGACAGUGAGGAAAGCCAAAUAUAAAGACAUUAUACAUACAUGCAGAAAGUUCCAUUUUGUAGAAGUAUGAGAGGCCUGCAGAAAUGAAAAAUGGGUCUGUGCAGCCUCAGAAAAAUGAUUCUGUUACUUAUUCUGAAAUUUUGAAGAUUUGUGUUUUGUCUGUAAAGUUGCCUGCACAUAAUUUCAUUAACUUUUUUUUAAUUAUGAUAGUACCAUUUUCCACAUUUAUUACAACCAGCAAAUUUUUCUUACACAAAAUAUUUUUUAGUGAAUACUCAAUAGUUCCUAUUAGAUAAAAGUGCCCUUUACAGCCAGUUAAGUCUGAGAAUUUCAUUAAUUAAACGGUUGUUUACUCUUUUAUGUAAAUUACCCUUAGUUUUAUGUCAUGUUAAUGUACUGACUUUUGUAUCAUCACAAGAAAGUAUUUUAGUUUAUUUUCAUUUUUCAUAAUAUUUAAAAAUCAAGUACAAAUGAAAUGUGAUUCCUAAAUGUUGUUGUUACAAAAAUGUUUCUUUUGCUUUUGCAUAU